ACUUUUUUUUUUUAUUUCAUUCUUUACAUGGCAAACAUAUAUAAAACAUGGAGGCACCUAUAGUAUAUUAUAAUCGCGCUGAAUAUAUUGAAACUGACACUGGAAAUAAAGUGAGUAGAAAGUCAGUCAUUUGUGGAAGUCAAAACAUCAUUCUUGGUGGAAAGACCAUUAUUCAAACAGAUUGUGUCAUUAGAGGUGAUCUUCGACGUACAGGUGGUGGACAUGCAGUUGUUAUUGCGAUUGGACGAUAUUGCUUACUUUCAAAAAGCUCGAUCAUUAGACCACCUUACAAAACUUAUAAAGGCAUUUUCAGUUAUUAUCCAAUGAAAAUAGGUGAUCAUGUUACAAUAGGUGAAGGAAGUAUAGUAGAAGCAGCAACUAUUGGUUCUCAUGUCACUAUUGGCAAGAACUGCAUUAUUGGACGAUUUGCUAUUAUUAAGGAUUGUUGUUAUAUAGCAGAUAAUACGAUUAUUGCACCUAAUACAGUCGUACCUUCAUUUAGUGUUUACUCCGGUUCACCAGGACAAUAUCAAGACGAAUUACCAGAAUGUACACAAGAGUUAUAUGAAAAUAAAACAAAGGAUUACUAUGCAAAGUUUAUGCCUAAAGAUUAACUACAUACCCUUCUUCUCAUAUCUUCUUAUUUGAAUUUCAUCUAAUAAAAUCUAUAUCUUUAUAUAUAUAAAUACGUAUAGGAUAUUUAUCGUUAAGAAA